AUGUUUACUACCCUUUCAUCCUUUGUAGAGACUGCAAUCAGACACGUUCACGGCGCCUUCGGGUGUACCCCAGACGUGCCGGCCACAGGCGAGACUUCGCGGGUCCAAUCAACCGUCGCACAACGUAGCGCGACGGAGAGCUCUCAAUCGGACGGGGGAAGCUCUGACACCGAAGCUGAUUGUGCUGACGGUACGCCUCGCUUUCGCGGCAGAAAUCCCCCCAGAAUGCUCGGCGGCCAAGGCGCAGGACAAGGCGGAAGAAGCGUUUGCCCCGCCUUCAACUCGCAGGCGGGGUGCCGUAGCCCAAGUUGUCUAUUGGAGCAUCGGUGCGAAUUGUGUAGGGAACGACACUCGAGUGUGAUCUGCGGCAGGCGGCGAUGA